AUGACUUGCGGUCUAGUACGAAUAAGAUUAGCUAGAUUUGGAAGAAAAAAUAGUCCCGUCUAUAAUAUCGUAGUGGCAAAUUCCCAUAAGGCGAGAGAUGCCAAACCGAUUGAAGUAUUAGGAACCUACGUACCGGCACCCAGUCCAAUGACUAAGAGAGAAUUGAAAAAGGGCGUUGUACCUAUCAAAGACGUCAAGCUUGAUUUUGAUAGAGCAAAAUAUUGGAUUGGUGUGGGAGCACAACCUAGCGAAACAGUUACCAAACUAUUACAAAAAGCUGGUAUAUUAAAUGACGCGUGGAUUACUGGUAAGAACAGUAACGUGAAUAGGAAAGUUGUCUUUGAAAGGAUGGAAACAUUAGAGUGA